AUGUCCAACUCAAGGACAGAGCCGCAGAGCAUGCCUCAAACCCCCACCAGGACUUUGCGUCAUGGAGGAACAGGACCCCUCACCCCACAGACCGAUCGCCCGUUUCGAAAUACCCCUGAGUCCGGGUCGAAGAACUUUCAGACCCCUUCGAAAAGUGCAAAGGCGCGCAUGAUGACUGAGGACUCCGAUGAGUUCGAAUGGGAUGAUAUCAUUCCAGACGAAGCCACUACAGCGCAGCAUAAGCCUCGCCAACCCGACUUUGGACAAGUUGCUGGUGGCUCGGAUACCGCCCCACGGAAGACGCCGCGGACGGUUUAUCUAACCUCACCCAGUAAACGGAAGCUGUCUGAUAUGGAGAGCGCAUCGUCCCUCACGCCUACGUCAGUGUUUUCCCCGCGGUCGACUGCGUGUCGGCUCCCUCCGGCGUCCGCUGAGAUCUCGAUAACUCCUACUCCGAGCAAAUAUAAGAAUGCGCUGUCUACUGAUUCUGCGGCGGAUACGUCGGAGUUAUCACUUCAGGCCUUGAGGAUUCUGGAGAGCCACAAUGCGGUCGUGCCAAGGAAGGCUCAGGAGGAGCUCACAGAGUUACUGAACCGACAUGACAUGAAAACCAGAGGCAUAAUACGAGGACGGGAUAUUUCGCGAAGUGCGAUCAAGAAGAAAGACGAGGAGAUUAUGAAGCUUGAUGAAAGGAUCGCGGUGCUAGAGUCCGAAAGGGAGCUGAGUAAGAGUACGGACAAAGGUUUGAGGAGACAGUAG